CAACAACCCAGAAUACUUAUAUUAUUAUUACUGGCAUUAUCUUUAAUUGUUCAGAAUGGGAGUAUGCACAUGCAUUCAUGAAAGUUUGUUCGCACGAAUCGUCAACAGAUCUUCCAGAAGGUAAAGGGUAUACAUCACACCUUACAUCAACAUAUUGCAACUAAGAGAUUCCGAUAUUUGACUCUUCCAUGACUCUUCCAUGAGAAUUUAGCGACCGAUCCAAGUUCUCUGUAAAUUGAAAAGAGAAAUCUGAGAAAAUUGACACUCGCUUGUUGUACGUUUUCUGAUUCUAGGAGUGCCAGCCUACAACAGCGAGCAAUGACAGGGAAUGUGAUCGUAGACGAUGUUGAUGGCAACGGUGCGAGCGAAGAAUAAACUGCUUGAAUAUAAAAACACACUGUAAUGAUAAUUGAAUCAAAAGCGUUUCAUACGUGAACGAGUGUAGUAGGUAUCGUGCGGUAUUAACAGUAGCAACAGUGCGAUCGGCUCGAGGUAGCUAUAGUGAAGUAGCAUUAAAGGAAAUACAAACUGAUUUAAUAAAGUGUACAUCUAUUAAUCGCUAUAAUUCGAUGUGCAACAACACGAAAGUAAUACGAAAAUAGUAAAAAGUUAGAAUCAUAAUAAUUAAUUAAUAGCUAUCUCCGAGUGAAAUUAAUAAAGUAAAAACGUUCAAAACACACUUGUACACAUCUGUAUAUACACAUGUACACAAGUAAAAGCAAAAACAAAAGAGAACAUACUUCUUAAGCAGUACACUCUGAAUAACUGUAAAACACAAAUUCAAAAUGUGUCAAAAUUCGGGUUCGACUGUGCAAAGUGAUCAAAUUCGCAAAUUCAUUGAGCAUGGCAUGCCAGAGAAGAUUGUAAAGACCGUACAAUAUACAUUAAGAAAACGGGAAGCCGCACGAAACACUUCGAUACCAACAAAAAUCAUGGCUACAUUCGACCACCGCAGUGAAACGCGUAAUGCCGCCACAGUCGCGGAUGCGGAUACUUAUGCCGACUUAAAUCCAAAUAAUGCACACACCGCGCAAGUUGCAACUCAAAGCGGCAUUCCACGCCUAUGCGGCCGUUUUCGCAGUAAACAGGCGGCGGAGCAGACGAUCAAAGGUGGCUUCCAGGAUAAGAUCGCAAAUAUCGGCGCUGCAGGCACCGAAGCUGGCGAUGGUGUCGGCGAUUUGGAUGCACUCGCUAUAACAACACAAAUGACGAAGCAUUUCGUUCAACGUUUGUACGGAGUUGCAGAGAAAAUGCAAAAAAGCAAAAUAUAUACAUUGCUGACAAGGACAACACAGCCAGCACAUUUAAUUGCAGUAUGUGUGUUGACAUUUGUAAUAUUCACCGUUUGGCCCCAUAUAGUCGACACGCGAAGUUCAAACACUGGCCAAGACAUUGUGGAUCAAGCUUCAACACUGGACAAACAAGGAAUUCAUGAACAUAGUAACUUUGCUGCGAUCGCAUACUUGGGUGCUUUUGCCACACACUUUGGUGCCCAGAUCUGGAUGACUUUCGUCUCAGGUUUAUCAUUAUAUUUCUCAUUGCCCCGCCAUAUAUUCGGGCAAUGUCAGCAGAUUUUAUUUCCCCGUUAUUUUGCCUUGAGUGCGAUAUUGAGCAUCAGCAUGUUAAUACUAUUCGUUAAGUAUUUCCUCACCGCUUGGAAUACUGCCUCAAUGGUGCAACUUACAGCGCUGGGCGUUACUGCUUUUAUAGAGGUUAUGAUACGACUCUACCUUGCACCGCCAAUGCUGCGUUUGAUGCACGAGAAAUAUCGCAUCGAAGGAGCUGUCGGCAGUGGACGUGAGGUGGGCACUUUGGAGCAGGGUGAUCUCAUCAAUUGUCCACACUACCAACGCAUACACAAAACUUUUCGUCGCAUUCAUAUGACAAUUGCCAUGGGCAAUAUGGCUGUAUUGUUAGCUACAUGCCUUCAUUUGUAUUUUCUCGCAUCAAAAAUACAAAUAAGUUAAGGUGAACGAACGUAGGGAGAAGACAUCUGCAGUAAAAGUGCGCGACACAAAAUCCGAAAGCUCACAACUUUUUGAAAACAGUUUUUGGCAGCUACAAGACCACCGAUGUACCGGGUUAUGUAUGCGGAUCUGAGAGUAUCCAACUAUAUACCAAAAAAAUAAUUGCAUUUCUAGAGUUUAAGAUAAUGAUAAAAAACAUGCAACAUGUAUUCUUGAUGGUAUUGUUAACGUAAGAACGUCUUAGUGUAAGUUAGCCUUCUAAGUGAAAAUAUACAUAUAUCUCACCACCAUCCCAGAAUGUCAACGAAAAUGUUCAUUACAUUAGUAUUUAAGUAGUAAGAAAUUAACGGAAAGCAUUCAUAUACAUACAUACAUAUAACCAUAAUCUGUGAUACACAUUACACAUAUACAUGCAUAUACAUAUCUUAUAAAAACAUACAUUUCACAAAUUAAAACAAUUGCCAUACGAAUCCCCAUAUUCUCGUUAGCUAAUAAAAAAUGUUUAGCGCAAGGCUUAUUUCAUUCAAGAAAAAAAUUAGGCAUUUUACGGACUUGAUUUCAGUCCAACCAACCGUGAAACCAAAUUGAAAUACUUUUGAUUGUGUUUUAGAUGAUUGCAUGAAUGUUAACUAAUGUCAGUAUGAUUGUGUGUAAUAUAAGGCAUCAAAUACAUAUACAUAUGUAUGUAUAUAUAUUCGGCAAAUAAUUUAAAUAUUUAUAUGUAUACAUAGAUCUUCCAUAAAACCAUAAUAAACUUUCGAUUUCGCAAUUUGCAGGUUUUAAUCCUAAACCGAUUUAUACACAGCACUCACAAAUCAAUGUGAUUUUAAGAUUUUUGAAAGCAACUAGUAACAAGUAUAAUUGUACUCAUAUAUAUGUAUGAAGGAUAUUGAUUUAGUACUAAGUUAACAACCGACAUCGAAAAGUUUCAUUAGAAAAAAUACGUUAUUAAUUAAAUAAAAUCGAGAUUAUCGUAAUACCUAUUCAAAA